AUGGGCUACGUGCCGCAUGAACUCGACUUCGUGCAGUAAUAAUUCGAUUGCAAUAAAAAUUGACAAAAAUGUUUCAGCAUAGUAGUGCGAAUAGUGCCGAAGGAAACUUGAUUUAUGCACCGAAAACAACCUGCUAUUCCAGAGUUUUGACCGCAGACGGUUAUCUAAAUGUCCAUAUAAAAGAUAUACCAAACAAAUAUCGACGUUAUGCGAAAGAUUUGGGUAACACACUCAUAAACACCCGCUGGCGAUGGAUAUUGUUAACAUUGACACUGGGAAAUGGCCUCGCCUGGUUGGCGUUUGCAUUCGGCUGGAUGUGUUUGGCGAUGUACAGCGGCGACAAUGGCAAGACUGACGGCCAGCCGGACGUUUGCAUAGUGGGCACCAGACACUUCACGGGCUAUUUGCUGCUGAGCAUCGAAACGCUCACGACGAUCGGAUUCGGGGAAAUUUAUCCGGCCGAUUGUCUCCACAGUUGGUGGAUCCUGGCACUAGAAGCGAUGGCUGGCGUCGCAAUCGAGGGUGCGCUCGUCACGGCGGUCUACGUCAAAAUGUCCAGACCCAUUAAGCGCGUGAACGGACUAUUGAGCAAAAAAGGCGUUGUCUGCAUGCGCGAUGGACGAUUCUGUCUCGUGUUUCGUAUCUACGACCAAACAGGCCGGUAUUGGACCAAGAGUAAAAUUAAGGCCUUCAUGAUCAGCGGCAAGAAUAAACGACGUUCAAGUUCCAGUCCUACUACGUGCAGUCGCAGCGAGGAGGUAUUUCGCAUGCAGAAAUUACAACUGGAACCGUGCGAAUUACUAGCUGGACCCGUCGACAUCGUGCACGUUAUUACAAGUCGCAGCCCGCUGUGGACGCUUGCAGCUUCCGAUUUUUUGCUUGAAGGCUUUGAAAUAGUUCUCACUGUAAAUGGCGAUUCGGCGACGACUGGCCAACCGUCUGAAGCGAAAAAAUCCUACACAAGUCGAGACAUUCAAUGGGGAUGUCGUUUCGUCCCGUGCGUUGAAUUCGACGAAAACGCCGGCAGUUAUGUGGUUGAUUUUAAUCGAUUUAAUUCAACGCGAAUGUACGCCACUCCUCUGUGUAGUCCCGCACAACUUCGCCAUCUGAUCAGUGAGAUUGACCGCAAUGACACGUACGGACGCAGUUCAUCCGCAGGCACUUCAUUCGACAAAUAAUUGAAAAUAUCUCAAAGCGGGUUCAAACGAAUCCAAUUUCCCAGUAGCAUUAAUAAAUUAUCAACAUCA